AUGGCGAAUAUAAGCAAUGUGACUGAAUUUGUCCUCUUGGGCCUCUCCCAGAAUCAGAAGCUGCAGAAAAUGUGUUUUGUGCUGUUUUUAUGCUUCUAUAUAAGCAUUGUUCUUGGAAACCUCCUCAUUGUUCUCACUGUAGUUAGCAGUCAGCAUCUGAACUCACCCAUGUAUUUCUUCCUGAGUUACCUAUCCUUUGUAGACAUCUGCUACUCUUCUGUCACAGCCCCCAAAAUGAUUGCAGACUUCCUCACUGAGAAAAAAAUAAUCUCCUUCGUUGGCUGCAUAGCACAACUGUUCGGAGUCCAUUUCUUUGGUUGCACUGAGAUCUUCAUCCUCACGGUGAUGGCCUACGAUCGCUACAUUGCAAUCUGCAAACCCCUCCACUACACAACCAUCAUGACCAGGCGUGUAUGUGGCCAGAUGGUGGUGGCCUCAUGGGUAGGGGGCUUUGUGCAUUCCAUGGUACAGACUCUUAUAACCACCCAGUUACCCUUCUGUGGGCCCAAUGAGAUUGACCAUUAUUUCUGUGAUGUUCACCCUUUGCUACAACUGGCUUGUGCCGACACCUAUGUUGUCGGCAUCAUAGUUGUUGCUAAUAGUGGGAUGAUUGCUUUGGGUUGUUUCCUGCUCUUGGUUAUAUCCUACAUUGUGAUCUUAAUCUCCUUAAGGACACAUUCUUCUGAAGGGCGUCGUAAAGCUCUCUCCACCUGUGGCUCCCAUAUUGCUGUAGUGAUUUUAUUUUUUGGGCCUUGCACGUUCACCUACAUCCGACCUUCUAGCCACUUAUCAGAGGACAAGAUGGUUGCUGUGUUCUACACAGUUAUCACCCCAAUGCUGAAUCCGCUGAUCUACACACUAAGAAAUGAGGAGGUGAAAAGUGCCAUGAGAAAAUUAUGGAGCAGAAAAGUGAUGUCAGAGGGGAAAUCAAAAGGGUGA